UACACUACGGACUUCAACAAGCUGUCUUGUCCGUCUCUGUCUAUCUCCCAACCACGCGCUGCUCCUAGUACACCAAAGUUCAAGACUGCAGACAAGCUUUGUUUUGAGUGCUUCGCGUCCUGCCAAACUUUGAUGAUACGUGUUCAGCAGACGAGACAUCAACAAUGGUGCUACGGACUGCAGAUCUGAUGAAGUUUGCAAUUCCAUCCUCAAGACGAAAGCGUAUUUCAAUCAAGGAGUCCAAUGCCCUUUAGUGGUGCUGACCUUGAGAGAGGCAUGGGCUCGCUUGUCAACCACUGCGCUACGCAGUAUUCGGCAUUUUCCUGGGACAAAGAGGAGCAGAAGCUGAUGGAUACUUUGCUGAGUAAGUGUGAGGAUGCUGGUCUGACUUGUAGCAGGGUCUACUUUGUUCGGUCGCGAAUCGGCUUCAGAGCCUUGUCGAAGAUGCUGUUCUAUACCCUCUCCGGGCUGCCAAGUCACCGCUCGCGCCAGACAACGAUGGCGCUUCAGGCUUGCUUUGCAGCCGUCUGUUUUGCUAGUCUCGGCUGCAGGGUUGGCGACUUGUCCUUGUCAAAAGGAUACUCGGGUGAAGAGUGUCUGCAAUACAAGGACAUCUCUGUCGUCGUCAAUGCUCAGUACGGCUACCUCACCGACAUCCAGAGGCACGUCUCGAUCGACGUUACGCUUCGUGCUGAGAAGGGUCACAAGCGCGACUCAAGUAAACGUGUCAUUCGAAUCGGGCUGUUGCCUCUGACGCCUCAUGUCGAUUUCAUCACCCACCUGCUUGUCCACGCUGCUCGACAUGGUGCCAUUGCGCCCGACUUGAGCGUCAACGCUGUUCUCCAGCCUCGGUAGCCAUUGACGCCUGUGUAAGACUGCUGACAGUAGCGCCUGAUUGCGUCAGUGAUACGGAUAAGGGGCUUUGCUAGAAAUGGUUUUUGUCGCUCAUGCCAAAAGGGUGGACAAGACUGUAGAUACGUUCUCAUGAAACGCAAGAAUUCCAGCUAUUUGGUGAACAUGUUGUUAGUGCUGCUGGUUUCUGCUGCCUUAACCAGCACAUUGUUGACAGUUGUGCCGUGGCCAGUCAUGCGACCUGAAAUUAGCGAUCGCGGCGUUCAUACCACAGCGCUUGAUGCCGUGCGAGAUUGACCAAGGCUAGAGACUUCUUUUGAGCAGCCUGACUAGUACUAGAGAGGUUCGAUGACUGCGCCGAGGCGCGCCUGGGCUAGUUCAGGGGUAGGAUGGGUUGU